AUGGCGACAAAAUCCGAAGGGCGUGCUGUUGGAAUAGACCUUGGCACCACAUACUCUUGUGUAGCAGUGUGGCUGAAGCAACACAGUAGAGUGGAAAUUAUUCCCAAUGACCAAGGAAACCGAACUACACCUUCUUUUGUUGCCUUCACUGAUGAUCAAAGGUUGAUUGGUGAUGCUGCUAAGAAUCAGACUGGUGAUGUCUUUGAAGUAAAAGCAACGGCUGGAAACACUCAUCUAGGCGGGGAAGACUUUGAUAAUAGAAUGUUGAAUUACUUUGUAGAGGAGUUUAAAAAGAAGAAUAAAAUGGAUAUUAGUGGUAACCCAAGAGCCUUAAGGAGGUUGAGAACAGCCUGUGAAAAGGCAAAGAGGAUACUGUCUUUUGCUUUUGUAACCACAGUUGAGGUAGAUUCUUUAUUUUGUGGAAUUGAUUUCUCUUCAUUGAUAACUCGUGCCAAGUUUGAAGAAAUUAAUAUGGACUUGUUUAAGGAAUGUAUGGAAACUGUUAAGAGUUGUCUUAGUGAUUCAAGUAUAUGCAAAAGUGAUAUUGAUGAUGUUGUUCUUGUGGGUGGCUCCUCUAGGAUUCCCAAAGUGCAAGAUAUGUUGCAAGACUUUUUCGAAGGGAAGGAUCUUUGUAAAAGCAUCAACCUAGAUGAAGCUGUUGCUUAUGGUGCAGCUGUACAGGCUGCUAUUUUGAGUGAAGGCUUUAAGAAUGUCCCGAACUUGGUGAUGCGAGAUGUUACCCCUUUAUCACUUGGUAUCGAAGCAGAGAUUGAUCGUGUCAUGAGUGUGGUGAUUCCUAGGAACACUAGCAUACCUAUCAAGAAGUCUAAAGGAUAUACUACAGGUUAUGAUAACCACUGCAGUGUCUCGAUUAGUGUUUAUGAAGGUGAGAGAGCAAGAGCCACAGACAACAAUCUGCUUGGUAAGUUCAGCCUUUCUUGUCUUCCAGGUGCUCCUCGGGGUCAGCCCUUAGAUGUAUGCUUUGUCAUUGAUGAAAAUGGAAUCCUAACUGUUUCUGCUAAAGAAGUCUCUACAGGCAAUACAAAUGAGAUCACCAUAAGCAAUGACAAAGAAAGGUUGUCAGCCGUCGAAAUUAUAAAAAUGAUUGAAGAAGCUGAAAGAUACAAUGCUGAAGAUAAGAAAUUCUUAAAGAAGGCCAUGGUAAUGAGUGCAUUGGAUAAAUGUGUUUAUAAUAUGAAGAAUGCAUUAAAGACGGAUGUUUAUUUAAAACUCUCCCCUCAAGAAAGUGAGAAGAUUAAUAAUGCAAUUACGGUUGCCACAAAUUUAAUUGAAGGGAAUGACAAAACGAAUGAAAUAGAUGUUCUGGAGGAUCAUCUAAAGGAGCUGGAGAACAUGUUGAAAGACCUUGUAGCUAUGACUGGCUAG